CAGCAGCAACAGCAACAGCAACAGCAACAGCAACAGCAGCAGGCGUUGGAGGAGCCGAAGGGUGAUGUCUCGGGACUUGUCCCGCUCUGCGUGCGCCAUGCUAGUGGACCGCAGAUCAACAGCGCCGUCUUUGGGUAUGACAUUGCGCAGAUGCAGAAGCGCCCGUGGGACGAACCCGCGGCAAACCUCAAGGAUUACUUCAACUACGGCUUUAACGAGACCAGCUGGAGGCUGUACUGCGCGAUGCAGGCAGGGGGCGAGGCCUCGCCGCUGCCGGGGACGAACGCCUUUUAUCCACAGCCGAUCGGCCCUGCAAUGAAGAACGCGGCGAUGGAGGAGGUUGUAGAGGGAGAUGGCGUGUCCUACUACGUGCCGCCCCAGGGGUCUUCGCACGCGUAUUGCGCCGCACCGCGUGAUAGCUUCCUCAAGACGAAGCUCUGUCAGCGUUUUGCGAUGGGCCGUUGCGUGAAGGGGGACCAAUGCAGCUACGCUCAUGGGCACGCCGAGCUACGAGCCGUCCCUCCGCAGCAGCAGCAGCAGCAGCAGCAGCAGCAGCCCCCCACAUGUGUCCUCCAGCCCUUCCAAGUAGACCAGGGCUUCUUGCCUCCGAUGGGCAUGCGGCCGACGGGUGUGCUCGAGCCCACUGUCGCGGGCAGCUACCACAUGAUGCCCAAGCGCCAGCGCUCCCCUGAUGCUGGUGGUGGCGAGGAGCAGGUCUACGAUGGGUCGUACUAA